GAGAGAAGCAUAAAACAGGGGAUUGUGCGUCUGUAAGAAAAAGUAAAAGAAAGCAGAAAAGAAAGGGAGGAAGUUUGAUAAGCAGUUAUCGGAAAUGUGUUUAUUGUUUGUUUAGGUCCAGCCAGUGUCUAUCUAUUCAUCCAGUGAAAAACACAAUGAGUGUUCAUGGGGGACAGAAACGAUAUGUUUCCACUCUCAGGAUCCAGCUGUCAGCACGCACAUCUGGAGGAGCCUCACACAACAUCCCUACACAAAGGAAGAGCCAAGAACGACCACCCAGCUCUGGAAACAACAAUGCGGACACGCCACGUUUCCUUGAACCUCUGCAGGACUGUGUCUUUGACAGAGGAAGUGACAUCACUCUAAGGGGUGUCAUCACAGGGAGUCAAUCAAUCAGUGUGUCCUGGCUGCAUAAUGGUCAGCCGGUGAGAUUCGCCAAAUCCUAUUUCACCAGGGGAGAGGCAAGGCUGGUUGUUAGGAAAUGUGUCCCAGAGGACGCUGGAGCUUACACUUGUAUAGCUGAAAACACUGCAGGAAAAACCUCCAGCAGCUCGGCAGUGUUUGUAAGAGAAACAACUGUCACUGCCCCAAACAAUCACACACGCUCCUCUCCGUCCUCUCCUUGUACCCCUGUUUUUGAAAAUUGGAGCGUCAAAUCACCCAAGAACAAUUUGGAGGACAUUAGUGUGUUCAGAGGACCGCAAUCACCUCCAACACAAAGUCCUCGAACACCGGUGAGCCCAAGAGAGCUCCCAGUGAAAAGGAGAAGCAGCUCAGGGACAGCCGUCCCUUUGCAGAUUGCGUCCUCUCAGGCUCAGGUGGAGGUGCGGCCGGGUGAGACGGCUCGUUUGAGCUGUACCUUCAAAGGCAACUCGCCCAUUGUUUCCUGUUGGAUUUAUAAUAAAAAAGAGGUUCUUGAGGGCUCCAGGUUCAGGAUCGAGGGCAGCAGUGAGACCAGCAGUCUGGUCAUUUCAGAGACUCGACCCGAGGACUCUGGACGCUACACGCUAGUUGUGCGUGACCGUAAAGGCUCCGCCCAGCACACACUCACAUUGUCUGUCAUUGAACGGCCGCAGCCUCCUGCCUCAUCCCCGGUGGUGUGUGUGCUCUCCUCACACUCUCUCGGCCUCACCUGGUCAGGGCCGUGCUACGACGGCGGUUCAGCCAUCACCAGUUACGUGGUAGAGGUUCAGCAAGUCAGUUCGACCAGGCCAGGUUGCUGGACCGAGCUCUCAGCCGGCUGUAAAAGCACUUCCCUCAGGGUGAGCUCUGGACUCCAGCCAAAGGCAGAAUAUCGCUUUCGGGUUCGAGCCUGUAACGCCGUGGGACUCAGCGACCCAAGUCCAGAGUCUCAGGUGAUCAGGAUGGACAGCAGCGCAGGGGAACCCCGUGAAGAGAAGAGAAACGAUUAUGUCAUUGUUACCAUUGAUGAGAAACACAAAGUCACUGACCACUACAAUGUACUGGACAAACUGGGAGUAGGGAAGUUCGGUCAAGUGUAUCGCCUGACCCAUAAGGAGACCGGCCAGACGGUUGCUGGGAAGUUCUAUAAGGGUCGGCGUGCAAAAGAGAGAGAUGCAGCCAAGAAAGAAAUUGAACUGAUGAACUCUCUCCAUCAUCCCAAACUGGUGCAGUGCCUGGCAGCGUAUGAUAACAAGCCUGAAAUAGUGAUGGUCAUGGAAUUCAUUGCAGGCGGGGAGCUCUUUGAGCGGAUUGUGGAUGAUAAUUUCGAGCACACGGAGCCAUCGAGUGUCGGUUACAUGCGCCAGAUCCUGGAAGGAGUUCAGUACAUGCACCAGCAGAACAUCGUGCACCUGGACCUGAAACCAGAGAACAUUGUGUGCGAGGACAGAACUGGAUUUCAGAUUAAGAUUAUUGACUUUGGGCUUGCCAGCAAGCUGGACUCUUCCACUCCUCUGAAGGUGAUGCAAGGGACCCCUGAGUUUGUGGCUCCGGAGGUCAUUAACUAUGAACCUGUGAAUCUGUCCUCUGACAUGUGGAGCAUUGGCGUGAUCUGCUAUAUACUGUUGAGUGGUGAAUCUCCGUUCCAGGGAGACAGCGAUUCCGAGACUCUGGCUUUAGUGACUGCGGCCCAGGUGGAGUUUGACGAGGAGAGUUUUGAGCAUAUCACAAACCAAGCCAAAGACUUCAUCAGCUCUCUACUGCAGAAAAAUAUGAGGAACCGCAUGUCCUGUGAGGAAGCUCUGUCUCAUUCCUGGAUGGCGACGUUGGAGUCUGUAGACCCUGGUGCUACCAAGAACCUCUCCAAAGACAAGAUGAAGAAGUUCUUAGCCAGGCAGAAGUGGAAGAAAACAGGCAAAGCUGUGCUGGCUCUGAAGAGGAUGGCCAUGCUGUCCAAAUCCGACAAUGCCGCGUGUCUCACCAGCCCUGCGGAUGAUACAGAACAUGUCCUCAAGUCCCUGGAGAACAGACUGCAAUCGAAACCUGAGUUCAUGAAGAAACUGUUUGACAUAUCGGUCUUUGAGGACUCCACCGCACAGUUCAUCUGUCACAUCACUGGUUACCCAGACCCUGAAGUGCUGUGGCUGAGGGAUGGUGAGGUGCUGGAGGAGCAGGAUGGCCAUGUGUGCGUGGAUUAUGAGGAAGACGGGACGUGUGUCCUCACACUGGACAGCGUCACCCUCCAGCACAGUGGCACGUACACCUGCAAAGCCACCAACAUCCACGGGGAGGCGCUCUGCUCUGCUAAACUCACUGUAGUGAAUCAGGAUGAACACAGGGACUGAUUAAAUAUUUGUACACUUAGAUAAAUAUAUAUUAACUGUAUGCCUCACUUACAGCCUAUCCUUCUUUAUUCAAAUAUAAUGUUAAUGUUAUACACAAACAAGUUUGUUUUCUGUGAGUGGUGGAGAUCACAUUGUUAGGCAAAAAGUUUUUUUUUUAUUUAAUAUAAUAUGAAAGCGGCGGCACGGUGGUGUAGUGGUUAGCGCUGUCGCCUCACAGCAAGAAGGUCCGGGUUUGAGCCCCGUGGCCAGCGAGGGCCUUUCUGUGCAGAGUUUGCAUGUUCUCCCCGUGUCCGCGUGGGUUUGCUUCGGGUGCUCCGGUUUCCCCCACAGUCCAAAGACAUGCAGGUUAGGUUAACUGGUGACUCUAAAUUGAGCGUAGGUGUGAAUGUGAGUGUGAAUGGUUGUCUGUGUCUAUGUGUCAGCCCUGUGAUGACCUGGUGACUUGUCCAGGGUGUACCCCGCCUUUCGCCCGUAGUCAGCUGGGAUAGGCUCCAGCUUGCCUGCGACCCUGUAGAACAGGAUAAAGCGGCUAGAGAUAAUGAGAUGAGAUGAGAUGAGAUAAUGUGAAAGCUGUGCUGCAGUUGUAAUUUUUUUUUUUAAAGUGCAAAUGCAUAGCUUUUUCAUAAAUGUGUCAUUAUGAUUCUGAUGUUCGAGAGCAGUUAUUAUUCAUGCAUCCAUUUUGUAGCCUUUACAUCCCAGCUUUUACACCAUUUGCAUCGAAGUUUUACAAUACGUGUUUUUGCAACGUGAGCAAAAUGUAAUGUGUGGAUUGCACUGACGAUACUCGGGUAAUCUCUGCAAUGGCAUCAUUAUGCUACAUCAUUAACACUUAUGCACUGUACAACCCCGAUUCCAAAAAAGUUGGGACACUCUGUAAAACAUCAGUAAAAUCAGAAUGCGAUAAUUUGCAAAAUCAUGGAAACCCUAUAUUGCAUUGAAAAUAGUACAAAGACAACAUAUCAAAUGUUGAAACUGAAAAAAUUUAUUGAUUUUUGAAAAAUAUAUGCUCAUUUUGAAUUUGAUGUCAGCAACACAUUUCAGAAAACUUGGGACAGGGACAACAAAAGACUGAAAAAGUUGUGUAAUGCUAAAAAAAAGUAAUUUGGUUAAUUGGCAACAGGUCAGUAAAAUGAUUGGGUAUAAAAAGAGCAUCCCAGAGAGGCGGAGUCUCUCAGAAGUAAAGAUGGGGCGGGGUUCACCGCUCUGUAAAAGACUGCUUGGGCAAACAGUGAAACAAUUUAAGAAUAACAUUCCUCAAUGUAAAAUUGCAAAGAAUUUGUGGAUCACAUCAUUUAUGGUCCAUAAUAUCAUUAAAAGAUUCAGAGAAUCUGGAGAAAUCUCUGUAUGCAAGAGACAAGGCUGAAACCGGACACUGGAUGCCUGUGAUCUUCAGGCCCUCAGGAGACACUGCAUUAAAAUCAGACACGUGUCUGUAGUAGAAAUCACUGUAUGGGCUCAGGAACACUUCAGAAAACCAUUGUCUGUGAAAACAGUUCAUUACUGCAUCCACAAAUGCAAGUUAAAACUAGAUAUAAACAAUAUCCAGAAACACCGCCACCUUCUCUGGGCCCGAGCUCUUUUACGAUGGACUGAGGCGAAGUGGAAAACUGUCCUGAGAUCUGAUUAAUCGAAAUCUGAAAUUCUUUUUAGAAAUCUUGGACAUCACAUCCUCCAGGCUAAAGAGGAGAGGGACCAUCCGGCUUGUUAUCAGUGCACAGUUCAAAAGGCAGCGUCUGUGAUGGUAUGAGGGUGCAUUAAUGUACGUGACAUUGGGUAGUUUGCACAUCUUGGAAGGCAUCAUGAAUGCUGAAUGAUAUAAACACGUUUCAGAGCAAUAUGCUGCCAUCCAGACAAAAUAUUUUUCAGGGAAGGCCUUCCUUCUUUCAGCAAGACAAUGCCAAACUGCUUUCUGCACAUAUUAAAACUGCAUGGUUCUGUAGUAAGAGAGUCCUGGUGCUAAACUGGCCUGCCUGCAAUCCAGACCUGUCUCCCAUUUAAAACAUUUGGCGCAUUCUGAAGCUCAAAAUAUGAUAAAGGAGACCCGAACUGUUAAGCAACUGAAAUUGUGUAUCGUACAAAAAUGGGACAACAUUUCUCUUUCAAAACUACAGCAAUUGGUCUCCUUAGUUCCCAAACGUUUACAGAGUGUUGUUAAAAGUAGAGGUGAUGCAACAAAAGUGUCCCAACUUUUUUGGAAUUGGGGUUGUGUAACUCUUUUUUAUUUAAAAAAAAACUUUCAAAAUAUUGUUUUUAUUCAUUAAACAUGCUUACAGCUGCAGAGUUUAUCAAAUAAAAAAGGCCAUGACAUAAAUAAAUCAUUAAUUAAGGCUAAGACCUGUUACAUACUCUGUGUAAGUCAGUGCACACAAUGAGACCGUCAAUCACGGCGUAGCUGACUCCGGCCCCGUCUAGUCCAGAAGGAACGAUCUAAAGUGGGCCACCUUGCGCAAUAAAUGUUGCAAGCUAUAUACACGAUAUACAAGUUAUAUAUAGAAGCGAUAUCCACCCUAGGAAUACCGUCCUAUUUGCCAGAAAGAAUCCAAAAUGACCAGGAAUUGACCGAGAAGAAUCUUUUUUUUUUUGUUGUUGAACUGCUCAUUAAGGCUUAAUUAGUCCAUACACGGGCGCAGAUAGAGGGUGGGACGGGUGGGAUUCGUCCCACCCAGAUUUAAAUUCACCUCGUUCGGUCCCCCCCACUUAUAGGGAGGAAAAAACGUCUAUGCUGUCUUUCUUUGCAUAAGGCAAACCUCACGGAAAAAUCAAAAGACUAAUUACCAUUCGGUUUAUUGAGGUGCACAGCAGUACCUACAUAGUUGCAACAACUCACAUAAAACAAAACAAAGACUGAUAUUCAGUUGGUUGAGCUGCGCAGACUGCACAGGUUGCGAGCUUGCUUGCUAUGGUUACCCACAACAAGUUUGACAGGCAUAUCGGGGACAGCUCCUAGUUCAGGACCCCAACACGGCAUGAUGAAGGGUGCCAAACCGAAAAGGCAGAAAACAAUUGCAUCAUUUUUUUCAAAAAAACAACGACUGUAAGUAAACUGUGCCUUACUUUAUCAUAUCACCUUGCAAUUUUUUGAUAGUCUGUUCAAAGUAAUGUCGUAGUGAAAGUAAAAUCGUACGGAGUAGAGAUGCCUUUCUGGUAGCCUCCUUCUUUUGGUGGUAGCCUGUAGAUACAGUGCUCAGAAGGCAGUUUUAAUGUUUAAUCUGGCGUUCCCUGCCAUAAUUUCAGCGAGCAUAUUGUUUCAUAAGGAAACUUUGCGAAGAGUUGUUGACUGACUGCCGCUCACGCAACACACAGGCAUAGUUAGAAAGUCAGGAUGCACUGGUUUACAAUUUUGAUGUUUUUUUUUUUUGUCUUAGCUGAGUAAUGUCGCCGCCCUGAGGGCCUCAGAGUAUAUUCCUUGCACAACACAUGUUGGGGGUGGGGGUGGGGUUGGUUUGCUGGCAGCUUUGUCCCCCCCAGUUCAAAAAACGUAUCUGCGCCCCUGAGUCCAUAACUUCAUGAAUAAUUGUAAUGAGGCAAAUCUGGGUAGAAGUUACAUGCACCCUAGGGACCCCUACCUUCAUGCCAGAAAGAAUCAAAAUCGGUGAAGAAUUGAGAGAGAAGAAGUGAUUUUCAUGAAAUGUUGAUGAUGCCAGAUGGAUGGACGAUGGGCAACACAUGAUGACAUAAACUGUCGGCCGGAUGAGUUAAUAAAUGAAAGGAGCUCCACGGGGGGGGCGCUCCUGCCUACGUGCAAGGAAUUUGUGCCUGUUCAAAAUUUCUAAUGUGACACAUUGCAUUUCUGGAAAUAGUCGCUACUUUAAAUCUCUGUUCCACUGCUACAUGGUAUUUGCUGCCCCCUUGAGGAUUAGCCGUUUACAACCCCCAAAUUGGCUCCAGAUGCCAAUAUGCAUAAGGAAUGUGAAUAAAGGAUUUGUAGCAACUCA